AUGCGCCUGCUCGGGAUUGCUACUUUUCUGGUGGGCCUUGCUUUCGGCCAAGCUCAGCAUGUCUUGCAAGUUGACCGUGGAUCUUCACUGGUUCAACCCGUAUACCGCCCGCUUUCUCUCGGAUCCACCAGCCCUUUGGGUUGGCUCCGUGAUCAGCUAGAAUUGGAAGCCAAUGGCCUCGCCGGCAACAUGUUUGACUUCUAUCGCUUUGUGCACAACUCGAAAUGGAUUGGAGGAACUACAGAGUACUCUAUCCUCGAUGAAGCAUCGCCAUACUGGUUCAACGGCCUGGUUCCACUUGCUUUCGGACUGAAUGAUACUCGAAUCAAGGGACAAGUGCAAUAUUAUCUUGACUAUGUGCUCGACCAUCAACAGGACGAUGGCUGGCUUGGGUUCGAAACAACCCAUCAGACUCGGGGCCUAUGGGCCAGGUGCCUGCUUUUGCUGGGCUUAAUGCAAUACGCCGAGGCUGAUUCUACCCAGACCGAAAGAAUAGUGGAUUCCAUGCAUCGAUACGUAGAGUUAGCACACAGUAUGCUACGUGAUAACUACACAGGUCUGUUGGUCCAUGGAGAUGAUGUAUUCGAUACUGCUGGGUUUGGUGUUGGCCGAACUCACGAAUACCACAUACCCUUACAAUGGCUUUACGAGAAGUACCCCCGCAAUAAUUCCGAGCUGAUAUGGGAGACGAUGGAGCUCAUGAUCGAGGGUGGCGUGCUCUGGGGCGCGGAUUGGAGGACUUUCUUCGUGGACGGUGUCUACCCGACCGUCUACCAAGAUGGUGUUACUCCGUGGAACCUGAGUUGGGUCUUCUUACACGGAGUGAACUACGCUGAAGGUUUACGCUAUCCUCUGGCAGUAUACCGCAUGACCCAUGACGAGAAGCUUAAAGAGCAAACCCGGUUCGCAACUGACCUGCUGGCGAAAUAUCACAAAUCCCUAGCUGGAACAAUUAUUGCAGAUGAAUACAUUUCGGAUUUGAAUCCGAAUAGAGGUGCCGAGCUCUGCAUUGCAGCUGAGAUGAUCUUCUCCAUGACCUGGAUUUACCAGUACCUUGCGGAUAAUGAUUUGGCCGAUUGGGUAGAACUUGUUGCCUUUAACGCCCUGCCGGCUUCGAUAUCCUCAGAUUGGUACAGUCAUCAAUACGUUCAACAAGAAAAUCAGCCAUGGUCUCGGAACCUGACAGAAGGAUCGGCAAUGUGGACUGACGUGAAUUCAUACUCCAAUGUUUUCGGGCUGGAGCCGAACUAUCCUUGCUGCACAGUAAACCACCCACAAGGAUAUCCGAAGUUCCUAGCGAACUCAUUUGUUAGCACUGAAGAUGGUGGUCUUGCUCAUGUCUACUUGUCUCCCGGAACGGUAUCAACAAUGCUCGAGGGUGACAAUUCGGUAACAAUAUCGGCUACUGGAACAUAUCCCUUUGGGCUGAACCUCAGCUAUCAAGUUUUGGCUUCCUCUCCGUUCUCCUUCUAUGUUCGCAUACCGACCUGGGCAAGCAAUGCCAGCAAGAUUACUGGACCGGGAGAAUCUUCGAGUCAGCCUAUAACCCCGUCCAGUAAAGGCCUGCAGGAAGUCAAAAUAGCAGCAGGGGAGAGCACCUUUACCGUCGAACUCGAUACGCAACCUCGAGUGGAGAUGAGAGCCAACAACACAGCCGGUGUUUACUACGGUGCACUCCUAUACAGUCUAGCAAUCGAAUACAAUGACACGGAAACUCCGGCCCGUCAAUACAAUACCCAGGCGGUUCUGCCUACGAACACUACGGACUCUCAUUCGCAUGACCAUAUUAUGGUACCGACAAGCCUAUGGAACAUUGCCAUAGAUCCGUCCCAGAUCGAAGUGGUGCAAAAGAAUGUUUCAACUAUUCCAAAUCCCGUUUGGUCUCUCGGCGCGCCGCCUGUGGAGUUGCGAAUCGCAGCUAUCGAGAUCGAGUGGCCCCUUCUUUACGACUCACCGGAUAUCCCACCGCUCAACCCAGUGACCAAGGGAAAGCCAUUCAGCGCACGCUUUGUCCCAUAUGCAAGCGCCAAACUACAUAUGGCCCACCUUCCUGUCUUAUCGUUACCAGAAGUCGAUUUACUUGAGGAUAAGAUUUCAGAAUAG